ACAGGGUUAUGCUUUCUCCGCUUCAUCCCUAGUCUUUCUCUCUCAUCUGGUUCGAGAAUGGCGGGAAUCUUAUCUUAUGCCUCUGUUUAUCCUCCCUACUCCCGGAGAGCUUUCACACGCAUAGUACCGUUGCGGUCAUCUUCUCAGGUCGCCGUCGCACCACUUCUUGAUCGUCGUCAGGAGAACCAUCCGUUUGUGCCGGAGGUUGAAAAGGCGGUGGAUUCUUUGUAUUCAGAGUUCAGAGCAGUGGAUAAUCUAGUGGCUAGAAACACAAGUCGCCUCCUCAGAGCCUAUCAGAAUGCUCGAGUUGCAUCUCAUCAUUUUGCUGGUUCCACAGGGUAUGGUCACGAUGAAGCUGGGGGACGUGAAGCUCUUGAUCAAAUCUUUGCAGAAGUUUUUGGUGCAGAGUCAGCUAUAGUCAGAUCACAGGUUUCGUUUGCCUUGUUGACUGUUUCAUCAAACUUUUACACCAUGUUUGAAGUUUUUUUCAUUAUGUGCUAUUAUCAGUUUUUCUCAGGUACCCAUGCUAUCACAUGUGCAUUGUUUGCUUUUCUGAGACCUGGUGAUGAGCUUUUGGCAGUUGCUGGUGCUCCUUAUGAUACCUUAGAAGAAGUCAUUGGAAAAAGGGACUCUCGCGGAUUGGGUUCCUUAAAAGAUUUUGGUGUAGAGUACCGAGAAGUGCCUCUUGCAGAGGAUGGAGGUCUUGACUGGAACUCCCUAAAGCAUGCUAUUAAACGUAAAACAAAAUGUGCUCUCAUACAAAGGUCAUGUGGCUAUUCUUGGCGACGCAGCUUAAGUGUAAAGGAAAUAGGAAAGGCAAUUCAUAUAAUCAAGAUGCAGAAUCCAGAUUGCUUGGUCAUGGUUGAUAACUGCUACGGUGAAUUUGUAGAAGACAUUGAGCCUCCAAUGGUGGGUGCUGAUCUAAUUGCAGGAAGUUUAAUAAAAAAUCCUGGUGGAACAAUAGCACCAUGUGGUGGAUAUGUUGCAGGAAAGGAAGAAUGGGUAAAAGCAGCUGCAGCUCGUUUAUCUGCACCAGGGCUUGGCAUUGAUUGUGGCUCCACUCCUGGUGACAUAAUGCGAGCCUUCUUCCAGGGCUUGUUCCUAUCUCCUCAAAUGGUUGGUGAAGCAGUCAAGGGAGGCUUAUUGAUAGCUGAAGUUAUGGCAGCUAAAGGCUAUAAAGUGCAACCUCUUCCUAGGGUUACUCGACAUGAUAUAGUUCAGGCAGUGCAACUGGGAAGCCGCAAAUCCCUUAUUUCAUUUUGUGAAGCUGUACAAAGGAGCUCACCUGUCGGAUCAUUCACCAGACCUAUUGCUGGCUUAACUCCUGGGUAUGCAUCUGAGGUAAUAUUUGCUGAUGGAACAUUUAUAGAUGGAAGCACAAGCGAACUCUCAUGUGAUGGACCACUAAGGGAGCCAUUUGCUGUUUAUUGUCAGGGUGGCACCCAUUGGACUCAGUGGGCAUUAGUUCUAGGAGAUGUCUUGAAAUCAAUAUGAGGUGAAAUUGAACCACCUUUCAAAUUAAUCGGGUUUUCCCAUAGUGGACGAACAUCUGAAUGAGCCCUUUCUUCCUAGCAUGUUGCAUCAAAGUAUGAAGUGGCCUUCAAAAGAUUGGAACCUAAAAAACGGUCUGAUCUAUUGAUGCUGGUAGAACAGGUUUAACUCACAGUGUUUAUUAUUGCAUUAAAGAAAAUAUAUGCAGAAGGAGCUUUAGCUAUGUAGAUUGUGAGUAGAGAAAAUAGGAAUAUCUUUAUCAAAAAUGAAACCAAUAUUCUUAAUAUUUCUUAUUAGUCACAAGAUCAAUCAACUGGUGGUACCAAAGUUUGGUAAAUUAUCUUCUUUAUGAUAAUUCAUUUUUCAAUAGUUACAGAAUUAU